UCAUCAUUCCUUAUUCUCCGUUUCUUUUCGCAGUGGGUUGAGGAGAGCUUCACGCAAUUCGAGAAUGGCAUCAACUGGCGGUCGUACGUGGUAUGCGACGUCGCCUACAACAACGUGAACAACUGGCUGUGGACGCCCUUCAUCGAGCGCGGCCCUGCCAACCGCAUGUACAUCGAGGUCAAGUUCUCCAUGCGGGACUGUUCGCUCUUCCCCGGCACCGCCCUCUCUUGCAAGGAGACGUUUUCGCUCCUGUACUAUGAGUUCGAUGCCGCCACGAAGGAGCCGCCCUUCUGGGAGCCCGAGAGCUACAAGCUGAUCGACCGCAUCGCCGCCGACGAGGGCCGAUUCACCAACUCCGCCGACAUCAUCAUCAACGCCGAGGUGCGCUCCAUCCCCGUCACCAAGAAGGGCAUCUACUUCGCCUUCCGGGACCAGGGAGCUUGCAUCUCACUCCUGGCCAUCAAGGUUUACUACAUCACUUGCCCGGAGAUCACCAAGGCCUUCGCCCACUUCCCCACCACGCCCACGGGUGCGGAGGUGACAAGCAUCGAACAGGCCAAGGGCGUGUGCGUAGCCCAUGCCCGCGAGGACCCCCCUGCCAACUUCCUGUGCACGGGCGACGGCCAAUGGUCCCUCCUGAGCGGCGGCUGCGCCUGCCUGCCCGGCUACCAGGGCAACGUCGAGAAACAGAGCUGCGACGUAUGUCCUCCAGGCAAGUUCAAGGAUGCUGUGGGUGCAUCUACAUGUCGUGCAUGCCCGGACCACAGUGCCGCUCCUCAUGCAGGUGCCACCGAGUGCCGUUGCGACACUGGCUACUAUCGCGCCCAUAAAGAUCCUCGGAGCAUGCCAUGUACCCUUCCAGCCAUGGUGGGCAAUGUACAUGUUACCAGUGUAAAAGAAACUGAGAUACCCCCGGGGUUUUUGGGAUGUUUCCCAAAAUACCCAAUAAAUGAAAUUGAGAUGUAUGAGGUUCUAUUUGGGAACGUGGAAGGGAAGGAGCAAUUCACAAGUUUAUUGCAACAAAGGAAAGGGUCCUUUUGCAGAGGGACAGAUGAAUGUAAUAAGAAGCAGCCAUCAGAUUGUGACACCCUAGAAUAUCGCAAUGGUGAAGGACUAAUUGUCACCUUCAUGCACGGUGUUUUGGAAAACCCACCCAUAGUCCAAACCCACAUCACCGGAAUGACAACUCCUCUCUUCACACAAGUAGGGCACCACCGGACGUAUAUAGACCCCCACACAUAUGAAGAUCCAAAUCAAGCCAUAAGGGAGUUUGCACGGGAGAUAGAUGCCUCGUACAUCACCAUUGAGGCCAUUAUUGGAGGUGGAGAAUUUGGUGAUGUUUGCAAAGGGAAGCUGCAGCUGCCAAGCCGGCCAGAGAUGACAGUUGCAAUCAAGACUCUGAAGCCUGGGUCUUCUGAGAAAGCUCGUGUGGACUUCCUGACAGAGGCGUCUAUCAUGGGUCAGUUUGAGCACCCUAAUGUCAUUUUCCUACAGGGAGUUGUUACAAAGAGCAACCCUGUCAUGAUCAUCACGGAAUAUAUGGAGAAUGGCUCAUUAGACCACUUCCUCAGGGUGAAUGAUGGUAAAUUCCAAGUUCUUCAGCUGGUUGGGAUGCUCCGAUGUAUUGCCUCAGGGAUGCAGUACUUAAGUGAAAUGAAUUAUGUACACCGUGACUUGGCUGCUCGCAAUGUUCUUGUCAAUGCUCAGCUAAUAUGCAAGAUCGCUGACUUUGGUUUAUCCCGUGAGAUUGAAAGUCACACAGAAGGCGCAUACACUACAAGGGGUGGCAAGAUCCCUGUACGAUGGACUGCCCCAGAGGCUAUUGCAUUCCGCAAGUUCACCAGCGCUUCUGAUGUAUGGAGUCUAGGCAUUGUGAUGUGGGAGGUGAUGAGCUAUGGAGAACGACCUUACUGGAACUGGAGUAAUCAAGACGUCAUCAAGAGCAUUGAGAAGGGUUAUCGUUUACCGGCACCAAUGGAGUGUCCAGAAGCUAUCUACCAGCUGAUGCUGGACUGUUGGCAGAAAGAACGCAAUCAUCGUCCCAACUUUGCAUCAAUUGUGCGAACGUUGGACAGACUCAUCCGUACUCCUGAAGCACUAAACAAAGUAGCUCAGAACAGGUGUACAACAGCUCUGGGUCUUGACUCGGUGGACAUGACACAGCUCACAUCUGUGGAGGACUGGCUUGCUUCCAUCAAGAUGACCCGCUAUCUUGACAACUUCCAGCGGACGGGCUUGACUGACCUGGAAGCUGUGGCACGCCUGACACAGCACGACUUAACACAGCUUGGCAUUACCCUAGUUGGCCACCAGAAGAAAAUUUUGCAGAGUAUACACACCAUGCGCACGCAGCUUGCCGUCAACAUGUCCGAGGGCUUCCUGGUAUAGUGCCACUACUCUAACCCAUGCCAACAUUCGGCAUUCAAGUUAGGGUACAAGUAGUCAGGUGGGCUAAAUGUCCAGGUCCAGAGUGAAUGCGAUGUCCGAUGGUGCGUCAAAAGUUGGACCUGAAGGCCAUCGUCUACGUGAAAAUGUGAUAAUGAUCGAGGGAAAGACACUAAAAUAAAGCUUGAGUCCUGGGCAGGGUAGAGUGCAUUUUAUUUUAUUUUGAUUGCAAUAAUAUGAAAAAAAUUGUCCGUCACAAAGAACCCUCUCUUUUGCCCAUUAGCUCAAGGAAACCCUCACCCCGGGAUACAGCAAGCGAACUGUUAGAAAACGUGGUUGAUUGCAACCAGAGACUGUUGUUUUGGGAUUCUGCAAGUGCUCCCAACCCUCUCCUUCUUGUGAUAUUUUCAUGGCCAAUGGUGUGUUGGAGACAGAACUGUGGUGCGCAUGUGUGUGGUGUAUGGACAGAACGAUGAACAGCUGUAAAUCAACUCCUGCGAGAGCCCGUAUCUGCAUUAGGGUUGACAAGCAUGCCUGUCACUUCUGCGCGUUGUACGCCACUGGUUUGACCCUUAGUGUAAUUGUUGAUAUUCCAUUUGCUGCCAGACCUUAUUCUGCCAAAGUCUAGUAUUGGUGUUGUCCUUUCUACCCUUUGAUGAAAUCUCGGAGAAUGUUUCCCCAUUUCAGCUUCUGCAAGCGUCUCACUUUCUACUGAGAGAUUAUAAGUUGCCUGAUGUGGUGAAGCGCAGUGUAGUGUGUAUUAAAGUUGCUCAUGCACACGACUGAAAAUGGGAAAAAAAAAAACUACUGGGUGAACGAAAAAAACAAUAUAUAUAUAUAAUGAUGAUAAUAAAAGAGCUCUGCAAAAGGUUCUAAACAAAAAAGCUAAACUUUUAAAAAGCAGCUUUUUUCAAGGGGGAUUCUUUUUGAUAUAUUUGGAGGAUAUGAGUAUAUAUACUUAAAAAUGUUAAAAAAAGACAUUGCAUACUAGAAACAGCCAAGAGAUGAGAGAGAUCCUCCCUCCUUGACGCACAUAUCACUUUCCCAUCUUGUGAACAUCCGGCCAUUCCUCGCUCCCUUUCCUCCCUCCCUCCCAAAGGACCCGACACCGCUGUAGUCAUGUUGCCUCGUUGUUUGUCCGAGUAAGAAAAUGCAGUGCUGGUAAAUGGCUGGGUGGGUUGUCUCAUGAUCACAUUAAACAAAUAGGUUGUCCAGAACGUGUCAUUGAAAUGUAAAGCUUGAGUGGAGAAAAAAAGCUAAAUCAAAUGGAAUAAGUUGUAUUUUAAACUCUUUUUUUUUUUGUUUUGUUUUUUUUAUGAAAAGUACAUAAUAUCAAAAGAUAUUUUUUUAGUAAAAGUCGUCACAAUUCCAACUGAGGUGUUAAAGCCUGUAUCACUCGACCAUGUUACUAACACCGCAAGAGAGCUCGGCCCUCCUCAGUGUCUGUCCAAUCACCUCAAGGCAUCACUCUGCCCCCUUCUUGCACAGGUUAUCCAUAUCAUUUAAUGUUUACUUUCCCAAUCAAUGAUUUUAAAAAGAAAAUAGUGUUGUCAAUAGCGUUGCAAUAUUCACAAAUGAUAUUGUAGCCUGGUUUUAGUCACGACAUUGUUUCCUUUGAUGUUAACCAGUUGUAUUUCCUUGCCUCUCCUUCUUCCCUGUUUUAGCCACCUGAUAAUUUGCCAAAAACGACCAAGUGCAUGUUAGUGUAUUCCUGUGUACUGUUGUUAGCAGAAGCCUGUGUUUUUGGGAACGUGUGUGAUGACUAGAUAAUCAAAAUUUUUUGUAGAUCCUGUUUAGUAUUAGAAAGAAGUUUCUACAAAAGCACCAAGCAAUACAACUCACUGAUAUAAGAAUGUGUUACUAGCUGUAUUGUUACUGUCAAACUAAUGAGUAACAAUCAAAAAAACAUCCUUAACCGUUUAGCUAGAUAUUUUCAUACAUCACACUUCAUAAUAAUUAUAGAAGGAAAAAAAAGUAGAAUCUAAGUCCCAAAGAUGGAGGAAGGAAGGUGUGAGUAUUCCUAGGGAAGUUCCGUGUGUGAUAAUUUUGGAUUCUUGUAUUUUGGAAAGGGGAGGGAGACGAUGUGGUAAAGUGGUCCACAUCCCUUGUGCCAGAGUGGGCCACUGGUCUUCACAUUCCACACCCUCUCAGUUAAGGUUCCAUGUCAGGGCGUUUGCCAUUAGAAUUGUUCCUAUUAAGAUGUAAUUCAGCUUGCAUAAAGUUUUUAGCCAAUCAUUUCAAGUAGCUUCCAAAAAAGUGGUCUUCGAUUUGCAGUUUUCAGUUGCUGCAUUUUUCGUCGUGAACGGUGCGUGCGUAGGUGUCUGCUUUUAGACCUUUCGGUUACAGGGGAUUUUUAAUUUUCUGAUGAAGCCUCAGGGCGACCACUUUCACUGCCUCAUCGACAGUUCCGAGAAUCAAGCAAUCGUCCAGGGCAGCGCAGUGGAAGCAUUAGGGCUUUUUGGAGGAAGGCCACAGGACAGAUGACACUGAAGGUUAACUUAGAAAGAAAAAAGGUGUGUUGGAGAGGGACAAAUGAGGAGUUUCUGAAAGAGAAAGGCUACCGACAGUUUAUUCUCAUAUUGUAUGCGCAAAUUAUUAUUUUUUUUGAAGCACGAUUUAUUCCUUCUUUGGUGCAGAUUUUUAUUAUUAUUUUUCUAUGUCACAGCAAGGUGCGGUUGGUUGGUCAAGGAGGCUAGGUCACUGUUGGCAAAAUCGAGCCCUCCCCCUCGGCAAGUCCAAAUGCUCCCACAGCUGUUGUUUUGCUUUGUGGCAAAUUCCCUGACAGACCUCAAGAGACGUGUCUUAUUUUCUUACUGAUGUAGUCUCACAAUUACUUUGAUAUAUGUCUUCUAUUACCAUUACUAUCAUAAUCAGCGGCAUAUUCUCCAGCAACUUCCCAUGACUGUUUGGGAAACUUUCAACUCAAAGAUGCUGUGUAUGCUAUAUACAGCUGGACAGUUACGUAUAACCAAUACACAUACAUACUCUUCGCAACCUUGGUGUAAACUGUUGAGAAGGCAACAAUCAAAAAUUCCAUUUUGCUAAAACCUAAAAAGGAAAUGUUUUUGGAGUAGGAUGCCAGUCUUUCUCUUUAGUUUACUACUUGAAAGUCACAAAGAAAUCUGCAAAUGCCUUGAGCACGGAGGACAGCAUAGCGUAAUUGUUUUAUAUCAUUUUUAUUUAUUGAGCCAACGCAUUGCUAGAAGAGCAUAUGUUGUGUACUAUAAUGUUGUAUAAAGUUUGUAAAAUAGUCAAGAAAUAUUUUAUAUUUUUAGUUGGUAAGGAACGAGAUCUCCAAUUUUGAACUUUAAUUGUUCGAACAUGGAAUGUGAUUUGUUUUUAGUUUGCUGAAGAAAUGGAGGUGCCAAUAUGUGCAUCAUAGCGUCUGUGAAGCAAGGGAACUUGGGGGUUUAGUUGUAAGAAAAUUAGUUAUUCAAAUCCAAAGUCACUUAUAACACUGAUCCCUGGCCCUGCCCCUAAGAUCCUAAGUGUCAGCUCUUUUGUACAUAUAUGAUUCUGCAGGCAUUUUCUUAUACACAGAUCUUUUUGAAUAUUGUAACUGUGUCCCGUACUUUCAUUUUCUUUUUACUUGUAUGUAUGAUGAAUUUAGAUACACCUGGAAGAAUUUUGGGCUUUCUUUGCUAAUACUCAAAUGUUUUAAAACAAGUAAAGUUCAUAGUGAUUUUUUAAAUCAUAAAACUGCAAUAAUUUGUGAUUAUUCAAGAUCACAACCAAUGUCAUGUCAAUUACUGUAUUAUGUCAAUUUGCAGUUAAUUACUGUUUUUACUUUAUGUAUUUUACUCUUCUUUUAUUGAUUAUAUUUAUUAUCAUUAUUCCUAUGAUUGUCAACAUUAUCACUAUCAUUAUUAUUUUUUUAUUAUUUUUUGUAAGCUUCAAAUAGUAACAGUUAUUCUAUUUGCAUUAGAAUGACGUCCUACGACUCCUCUCAAGCUAACAAGUUGGUAUGACUCGUAGAGACCCCAUAUGCAACAGCUGUAAAUUGUAGCUUUUUCCUAGUCAUAUAUAUUAUCCCUCCCUCCAGCCGCAGGGAGGUGGAGGGCAGGCAGAGCUUGGUUUGAUGACUCAGACAAAAUCUCUUCUGAAUCAAAAUAAAAUCACAUCACACCUGAGGAACCAAUGUUGCUGUGAUUUAAUCUAGCCAGAUCACUGUGAUUCCUCAUGAGUUUUUUAAUAUGGAGGAAACCCAAAUGCCGAGUUUGGACUUUGUGUCUGUCGACAUUAUGUGAGUUUUACUCAAUGCAGAGCCAUUUUGGAUCUUGACUGCAUCAUAUACCUAACCUGCCUGGCCUCCAUAGGGAAUGUAGGCCCCAGGAGCUUCAUGUGUCACAUUUGGCUUUACACUGUAGGUUUACAAUUUUAUUUUCAAGUGAUUACAAUGCGAUCCCAAGAACUCUUCAUGAGAAAUCCUGGAGCUUUCUUUCUCUCCUCCUCGGCAUAUUCUGCUGACAUGUUUGUAUUAUGUUUAUUCCUAACCUUCAGAGCAGUUGUAUGUGCAAGUUCUUUGUGUUCAAGAAACAAUAAAGUUUGACAGAAAUA